AUGCCCUUCGACGACCCGGGGUUUCGGGCAGAACUUGACAAAGAUACUCAGGCCCUCGCAUGUAUACUGGAGGGGGCUCCUUUCUUGUCCUCUCUCGAUAUCUUCGAUAAGGGUGUAUAUCUAGCCUGGAACCCACGCGUUUUGGACAUUAUUGUGGACAUGCAACAUCUCGUUGAGUUCGCCACUUCGAGCAGCAAAUGUAUCACCCCUCUCCUGAAACGCAUGUCACAACCCCUUCGACAGCUACAUAUUGGCAAACCUCAGGGACUCCGCCACGAAGUCCAACCUACCAUCCUCCCGCACCCCUCCAACAGCCUGGCUGACAUAUCGCGCUUCUCUCGAAGUCUCGAAACUCUAGCGUUGGAGGAGACUUACCUUUCGCAUCUUGACGAAGCUGGUACCUUUCCUAGGCUGAGAUAUCUGCACAUGACCUACGUGGAUUCUACGUCAAGGCUUCCCCAGUGGUGCAGCAUGCACAUCACGUUUCCUGCACUGCGGUACAUCGCAUACCACGAACACGAAUGGACGCCGGAUAUUCCGCUGGAAUCUACAAGGUCCUUCAUACUCACUAAUAAGUAUCAAUACCAGGGACCAGGCAUAUCCUUAUGGACGGACAUGGGUGGAUCGAUACGGGUCUUUGGAACUGAUCACAUCAAGGAACUGAUCAUCGUCAAGCCGCUGUACUGGAGACCGCUGGAAAGUGUCCAAAUGAUCGCCCCAUCAUUGCUCUGUUGGCAUUACGUGCACGCCCACUGGCGCUCUUGCAAAAACCACCUGGCGGAGCUUAUGGGAGAAGCUCCCUCGCUGACGUUGGUGAUGUUCCAAGACCUUUCCGAAUACCAAAAGUAUAAAUACAAGUAUCCUGGAUGCGAUUGUAAGUCAGUGUGCAAGCGAGAGCUGGAGGAAUUGGGAAUAAUUUUGCGCGGAAUGCCUAUUUUCGGUUUGACAUUGCGCACACAUUUCCGGCUAUCGGUCGGCGUAUCCGACGAAAAGCAGCGCCCUACUGGCACAGGUGUAUCCGAGGCAGCCGUGUUAGAGCUCAUAAGGGAUGUACCCUGCCUGAAGCACAUCAACAUAUACGGUAGAGAUUCAAAGAGGCAGGUUCUGGAGUCGUGGGUGGUGGAUCGCGGAGAAGGAAGCGCUGAAUCUCGGCUUCGUCGCAUUUCGGCGGAGGAUGGCGCUGCCUGGAGGGAAGCCCAGAUGAGCGAGUAUUCGGCUUGGGCGCGAGAUGAGAAGCGGGUAGAACUAUUCCUUGACCCUGGUAGGGAAAUUGGACCCGAAGUCACUGCCCGCUUGAAGCAGUUGUAG